AUGACUAACAUCCGUAAAUCCCACCCACUAAUCAAAAUUAUCAAUCACUCAUUCAUCGACCUACCCACCCCAUCAAACAUUUCAGCCUGAUGAAAUUUUGGCUCCCUACUAGGAAUCUGCCUAAUCCUACAAAUCCUAACCGGACUAUUUCUUGCCAUACAUUACACACCAGAUACAACAACUGCCUUCUCAUCUGUUGCCCACAUCUGUCGAGACGUAAACUACGGCUGAAUUAUCCGCUACCUACACGCUAACGGAGCAUCCAUAUUCUUUAUCUGCCUAUUCAUCCAUAUAGGACGCGGCCUCUAUUACGGAUCCUACACCUUCCUAGAAACCUGAAACAUCGGAGUUAUCCUACUAUUUACCCUAAUAGCCACUGCAUUUAUAGGCUAUGUCCUACCAUGAGGCCAAAUAUCUUUUUGAGGAGCCACAGUCAUUACAAACCUCCUCUCAGCUAUCCCCUAUAUCGGCACCAAUCUUGUAGAAUGAAUCUGAGGAGGAUUCUCCGUCGACAAAGCCACACUUACACGAUUCUUCGCUUUCCACUUUAUUCUCCCCUUUAUCAUCUCAGCCCUAGCAAUCACCCACCUAUUAUUCCUACACGAAACAGGAUCCAACAACCCAUCAGGAAUCCCAUCCAAUAUAGACAAAAUUCCAUUCCACCCAUACUACACAAUCAAAGAUAUCCUAGGAAUCCUACUCCUAAUCCUAACACUACUCACCCUAGUCCUAUUCUCACCCGAUAUCCUAGGAGACCCUGACAACUACACCCCCGCUAACCCUCUCAGCACCCCUCCACACAUCAAACCAGAGUGAUAUUUCUUAUUUGCCUAUGCAAUCCUACGAUCCAUCCCUAACAAACUAGGCGGCGUACUAGCCCUAGCACUUUCCAUCCUAAUCCUACUCAUUGUCCCCUUUCUCCACACAUCCAAACAACGAAGCAUAAUAUUCCGACCCCUAAGCCAAUGUAUGUUCUGACUACUAGUAGCCGACUUACUCACACUUACAUGAAUCGGAGGACAACCAGUCGAGCACCCAUUCAUCAUUAUUGGCCAACUAGCAUCAAUCCUAUAUUUCUCCCUAAUCCUAGUACUUAUACCCCUUGCAGGCAUUAUCGAAAACAACCUUCUGAAAUGAAGA